AUGGCCCUGCCGCUCAAUGUUGUCGGCUCGUCUACCCCUGCCAAAGAGCGCUCUCCUAUUACUGCACCGAAAAAUAUUUCAACUAGCGCUGCAGCUGGGUCAAGAUCGGCCACACCUGUUGCUGACUCCAGACCCUCUGCUGGGUUGACAACAAAGCCAGAGGAUAUCACAAGCCCUCAUGAAUUAACGGUUUUUAUCGAAAGUCUCCUCAACCAGGUUGAAACUGGAUUCGAUGAUAUGUCGAAUCAAAUACUGGAGAGGAUGACUCAAAUGUCCUCUAGGGUUGAUUCCCUCGAGCUCGCCGUUCAGGAUCUAAUUAAUGGAGACCUGUCAGGCCCUGGCCCAUCAUUAACCCCACAACCCACGGGCGGCAGUGCUCAGACAAUGACAGGUAACUCAAACUGA